AUGAAUAAACUAAUCCUAUUAAUCAUAAUUUUAUAAAUUGUAAACAUAUUUGCCUCAACUGCACCUGGUUUUCUGGUUUCCUGUAUUAAUACAAAUGAUGGUAGUUGUAUCAGUUGUGAACCUGAUCCAUCUGUUGAAAGGUUAUUUUUUGGAGAUUCUGCCACGAAUUGCUAUGUUUAAGAUUGUUCUGCAAGACCUCAUUUAUUAAAUGCCUAUGUGUGUAAAUCUUGUUUUGGAAUCGUAGGGUCUUUUUAAAUCUCUGGUUAGUUUUAUGAUCCUGCUAUAAAUGAUUGUGUAGCUUAAUGUCCAAAUGACUCUAUAGUUUAUCAGUAAACUUGUUUACGAAUAAAUAAAACAGGUGCUAACGUUAUUUGUGCAUCUAAUACAUAUGAUUGCACUGGAUGUGGAUCUUCUAUUAGUAUUCAAGCGUUAUUUACUUACGUUUAAAGUACAAUUUGUAGAUAUACUGAUUGUAGUAUUGCUCCAUCUUCAUAUAGCGGCUAUAUUUGCAAAUCUUGCUUUCAAGAAGUAGGAGCACAUACUGCUUUUUCAAUUGGGGCUUACUACUAUCCGUCUACAAAUUCAUGCAUUAGUUAAUGUCCUAUAGGAACAUAUCCAGACUAAUCAUAUACUUGUUAAUAAGUAGUUAAUUAUGGUGAUUUAGUUAGUUGCGGUACUGCUGGAACCCCUUAAGGAACAUGCACUAGAUGCGGAUCUACUUAAGCAAUUUAAAAUUUAUUCCAAUGGGAUUCAAAUUCAAAUUGUAAAAUAAUUAAUUGUAGUAUUGUUCCUCAUUUUUAUAAUGGAAACGUAUGUAAAUCCUGCUAUAAAGCAGCUAAUGCAGCCUCUGCAUUUAAAAUUGGUCCAUACUUUAACCCAAUAACCAAUUCUUGUGUUGCUUCAUGUCCUUCAUUUACAUUUUCUGAUAAUGAUAAUAUAUGUUAAAACUAUCCUACUAAUCCUGUUCUUGGUAAAAAUGUUGCUUGUGGUACUGAAUCUAUAAAAGGAGGAGAAACUGCUAGCUGCAAUAAAUGUGGUGAUAUUUAAACCACUUAAUCUUUAUUUACUUAUGACUUGAAAACUUUAGGCGUAAAUUGUUUUUAUGCUGAUUGUAGAACUACUCAAAGUACUCUUAAUGGUUGGAUUUGCAAUUCUUGUGAUGGAGUACCAGGAUCAAACAUACCACCUGGUAUAUAUUUUAAUGGAACUACAUGUACAUAUACAUGUAAUAAAGGUGUUGCUAACUCUAAAAGCGGUUAUAUUUGCUAAAACUCAAUAAAUUUAUCAGAACAUAAAUUAAAUUUUGUUUAAUUCUUAUUAUUUUUGUGUUUAUUAUUCUGA